CUUCACGUACACUUGCAGAAAUACACACCCCAAAGAAGCAGAAAAUGAGGUUUCUUCUCUUCCUUCUCCUCUUGACUUCCUCUUCCUCCCUCAUCGCUUUCUCUCAGACGAUUGUUAAAACCUUACCUGGAUACCCUGGUCCACUCCCUUUCAAACUAGAAACUGGGUACAUUGGAGUCGGAGAAGAUGAAGCUGUGCAGCUGUUUUACUACUUUGUGGAGUCGGAAGGGAACCCGGAGGAGGAUCCACUCAUUAUCUGGCUUGCCGGUGGACCUGGUUGCGGCACCCUUCGUGCUUUCUUUUAUGAAAUCGGUCCAAUGCAAAUCCAGUAUGGGAAUUAUAUGGAUAAUGUGCCCGCAUUGCAAUUAGACCCGAACUCUUGGACAAAGGUGGCCAAUGUGAUAUAUCUUGAUGCACCAACAUUAACCGGAUAUUCGUAUACAAAAACGCCAGAAGCUGUUCGUUCUAGUGAUACAUUAUCAGCAUCACAAACCGCUGAAUUUCUAAGAAAGUUUGUGAAGACUCAUCCAAAGUUUUUAAAAAAUCCCAUGUAUGUAACUGGGAUAUCUUAUUCUGGAAUUGUUAUUCCGAUAAUUACCGAGGAGUUGUAUAAAGGUAAUGAUGAAGGACUAGAGCCGAUUGUAAACAUUCAAGGUUACAUGGGUGGAAAUCCUUUAACAGACAAAACUGGUGAUAUAAAUUCUAGGCUUGAAUACGCUUAUCGAGUGGCACUUAUAUCAGAAGAAUUAUUUGAGUCAACUAAAAGGAGCUGCAAAGGAGAUUAUGCAGAAGCUGACUCUAACAAUUUGCAAUGCAUGUUGGAUAUUGAUGAAGUGAACAAACGUGUUGGAGACAUAAACAUUCAACAAAUCUUGGAUCCUGAUUGUGAUCCAGCAACCAAUUUGGUCAGAGGUGGAAACCCAAUAAUUAGAAGAGGAAAUCGUAAAUCUCUACAAGCUAAUCCAAUAAAAAUGCUUCCUGAACGAUCAUCAUUCGCAGAUUCAUUUUGUCGAGGUGACUAUUAUAACUAUGCAACACUUUGGGCCAAUGAUGAAAAUGUUAUGAGGGCACUCAACGUACGCGAGGGAACUGUGAAGGAGUGGUUGUUAUGUAAUUUGGACAUGAAGUACAAUUAUGGUAAACCUUCAAUGCCAUCAUACGAAUUCAAUAUUCAAAGCAGUAUUGUCUACCAUGAAAAGCUAAGUAAGAGAAACUGUCGAGCUUUGAUCUUCAGUGGAGAUCAUGACAUGAUGGUUCCACACGUUGGCACUCGUAAUUGGAUAAAUUCUAUUAAUUUAACAAUCACAGAUAGUAAUUGGGAUGCAUGGUAUGCAAAUGGUCAAAGUGCAGGAUACAAAACUAGUUAUGCUCAUGAUAACUAUACCUUAGUAUUUGCCACAGUAAAGGGUGCAGGUCACACAGCUCCAGAGUUCAAGCCUGCGGAAUGCUUUGAGAUGGUUAAGAGAUGGUUUGCUCAUAGACCAAUCUAACUUCAUUGUUUAACCAUGCUUCAAAAUUCUUUUAAUGAUGAGAAGCACAUAUUUUUCACAAGGAAAAUCCUUGUGUUUAAGAAAUGCUUUCCACGAUGUUGUAUAAGGGAAUAUAAGGAGGAAAAAAAGAAGUAAAAUAUAUAUAUUCAUUGCUAGUCAUUUUUUAUGUUAGAAUAGUAAAUUUAAUGUUACAAAAGGGUGAAGUAAUUUCUUGGAUAUUAAUAAGUAUGUAUUUUACUUUACUAUUGUUGAAUAUAUUGAGUCCUAUAAUUAAUUAAAAGUA